AUGCCGUUCAAGCAACCGCUAGGAGAACGCGUGGAGAACCGCAUCGCUCCGUCAUUCAUCAGGCCGUUGGCCGAUAAAAGGGCUGUGGUCGGCGACCGAGUGGUACUGGAAUGCCAGCUGGAAGGGCAUCCGACACCAGUCGUCAAAUGGCUUAAAGACGGACACAAUGUCUCCAGCUGUCCUGACUAUAAGAUCGAAGAGGAUGGCCAUCAUCACCGGUUGAUCAUCGCCCAGGUACAAAGUGCCGACAGUGGGAGGUUCACUGCUCAAGCUGCAAACGCUGCUGGUCUUCGCCAGUCCACAUGUAUUCUUAUUGUCGCUCCUGCACCUACCCCAGUGCCUGGUGGGAAGAACGCGGCCGUGUACUCUCCCGCUCCACCACACACGCCUGUAGGUCCUAGUGCUCCAAUAUUUUUGAAAGAACUACGACAUCAGCCGCUUCGACUCGGAGAUAUCAUGGUCAUGGAGGCAAGAGUAGCAGGUGUGCCACAUCCUCAAGUCGAGUGGAUGAAGAAUGGGAAACCCCUGCAGAGCUAUCGAACGAAAAUCGAGCACGAUCCCAAGAGCGGCAUCGUGUCGCUCAUCAUUUCGCAGAUGUUCAAUGACGAUGUUGGCGAGUACUGCUGUCGGGCAAGUAAUAUUCAUGGGGAGGCCACUUCUGUUGCUCAGCUUCUCAUUCGUGAGCAAUAUGACAAAUGGUUUGCUGAGGAGCAGAACCGGCUCACUCGAGACAGGAGACAGGCGCAGGUGGGAGUUGUGCAAGCAGGUCGUGUAAACAAUGUGGGGCAAAAGCAGUUGCUGAAGCAAGGAUACAACUACAGCACUGAGCAGGACAGCGAAGGAAAAUGCAAAUACGGGUUUAUGUGGGCGUCCCUGAGACUAGUAUCUUGUGGAAAAGAAUACUCAAUUGAAGAGGGGUUGUUUAAUUACAUAAACGGUAUCAAACAAGUAGUUUUACAGCACUGGACUGUUUCAAUGUCGGAAUCAGAAACUGAACCGGAGAUGGCCUUUCUAGAGGCUAGAGGAAUACCCGGCUCACCUCCAAUAAUUCGUGUACCGCUGAGAGGGCUUCGGCUCACUGAAGGCACUGAUGCCAUCCUACAGACAAACAUUGUGGGCAUCCCGAAACCUAAGGUGCGAUGUAUCUAUAAUAGAAGCCAAUCGGCUGUCAAAUGAUCGUUGGCUAUUCUUAAACUGUCAAUGGUGACUCCAGAUGACUCAGGAGAAUAUAUCGUUGUAGCUGAGAACCCUUUUGGCAGGGUCGAAAGUGCAGCUCGGAUUGAGGUCUAUCCUCUCAGCGCGCCGGAAGAGGGAGAUAAAGAGCAGCAGCUGAGACAGCAGCAACAGUAUCUGCAGCAGCAACAACUGCGAUACCAGAUAGCUCUAGAACGUGAGCAGAUCGAGAGGAAAGCGCGAGAGGAGGAGAAUCUUCGGAUCAGGGAAGAGCAAGAGCGCCUGCGUCGGCUUUUCGAGAAGGAACGCACGGAACGGGAGCGCCUGGAGCAGAUCCGGCGCAGAGAGACCGAGGAGCGUGAACGACUCCUACGGCGUCAGGAACAGGAGGAGUGGGCCAGAAAGUCUCAGGAAGCACACGGUCGAAGACAGCUAGAGGUCGAGCCAAUGUUGAGAUGUUGA